AUGGUUAAGGAAAGUGGAGGAUUAGAGUGGAGAAUCAAUGUCUCGGAUGGAACUUCUAAAGUAUUAGUGUCUGAAUCCACGUCACAAAGCAGAGUUUGCAGAGGAUUGAUGAGAUUUUUUUCGAAAAUUUCCGAUUUUUUCCGAAAAGCGUGGAGUAUGGGAGUGAACGAGCCUAAGAAAACAAUGCAUUGUGUCAAAGUAGGAAUGGCCCUUACGCUAGUGUCACUCUUUUAUUACAUGAGGCCUUUGUAUGAAGGAGUUGGAGGAAAUGCUAUGUGGGCUGUCAUGACAGUUGUCGUUGUUUUCGAAUACACCGUGGGUGCGACACUUUCAAAAUGUGUGAACCGAGCAAUCGGAACUUUCUUGGCAGGAGCACUAGGGGUUGGUGUUCAUUGGAUAGCUAGUCAAUCUGGCGAAAAAUUUGAGCCAAUAAUUCUUCAAUGUUCGGUUUUUCUUCUAGCUGCUGCAGCAACUUUCUCUCGAUUCAUUCCAUCGAUAAAAGCAAGAUUCGACUAUGGGGCCAUGAUCUUUAUUCUCACCUUCAGCCUGGUUUCCGUGUCGGGGUACCGUGUGGAGAAAUUGUUCGAAUUGGCUCAUAAUAGAUUAUCCACUAUUGCAAUUGGAACCUCCAUUUGCAUACUCACAAGCAUGCUUAUAUACCCUGUUUGGGCUGGAACCGAACUUCACAAUCUCGUCAAAAACAACAUGGAAAAGCUUUCAGAUUCUUUAGAGGGAUGUCUGGCAGAGUAUUUCAAAGAUGCUGAUAGUGGAGAUUGCAAUAAAAAAAUGCAAGGCUAUAAAUGUGCACUUAAUUCUAAGGCAACAGAAGAAGCCAUGGCUAAUUUUGCAAGAUGGGAGCCAGCACACGGGAGCUUCAAUUUGGGACAUCCAUGGAAAGAAUACAUAAAAGUCGGUGCUUUAAUCAGGAGUUGUGCUUACUGCAUUGAAACCCUUAAUGGUAGCAUCAGUUCAGACACUAAGUUUCGGGAACUCAUUUUUUUUGUUCAAACUUUACAGGUUCCCGAUUUCUUGAAGAAGCACUUCAGGAAGUUCUGCAUAAGAUUGAGCGCUAAUUCCUCGGCUGUAUUGAAAGAAUUAGCUACUAGUAUCGGUACAAUGACAAGGUCAUCGAAAGUAGAAUUUUUGGUGGAAGAAAUGAGAAGCUCUGUUCAAGAACUCCAGAAUGUUCUAGAAUCCCUCUCGAAACAACCAAUCCAAUCAACUGCACCGAAAAAUGAGGGCGGAACUGCAGAGGGAAAUUCUAGUCCUAUAGUAGUCACACUUGUACAAAUUGUACCAUUAGUCACAGUAUCAUCAUUGCUAAUGGAGAUUGCUGCAAGAACAGAGAAGAUUGCAGAUGCAGUAAAUGUACUAGCAGAGAAAGCUGAGUUCAGAUCAGAAAAGGACGAAAAACCGAAAAAAGGACAAAACCCGAAAGCUGUUGACCGGAAUAGUGGAGAAAGUGAAGAAGAUAAAACGAUGAUGACCCUUCAAAAGGUCUGAGUUUUUUCGUAUGCUGAUUUGCUUACUGUACAGUGAAGAAAAA